AUGGCCGACCAGAAAACGACACCGACGAAUGUCAUGCGGGAGCCCCGCAUUGACAAACUUGUCAUUAACAUCUCAGUCGGUGAAUCUGGUGAUCGACUAACUCGAGCCUCGAAGGUCCUCGAACAGCUCACUGGUCAAACCCCGGUCACCUCAAAAGCACGUUACACUGUCCGUACUUUCGGUAUCCGUCGUAACGAAAAGAUUGCCGUGCACGUAACUAUCCGUGGACCGAAGGCAGAGGAGAUUCUUGAACGAGGACUGAAAGUGAAGGAAUACGAGCUGCGACGAAGGAACUUCUCAGAGACUGGAAACUUCGGUUUCGGAAUCCAGGAACACAUCGAUUUGGGUGCUCGAUAUGACCCUGGUAUUGGUAUCUUUGGUAUGGACUUUUUCGUGGUCAUGGGCAGGCCAGGUGCCCGGGUAGCAAGGAGAAAGCAGAAGAAGGCGCGCAUUGGAUUCCAGCACCGUAUCAAGAAGGAAGACACGAUGGCCUGGUUCAAGCAGCGAUUCGACGGUAUUAUCCUGGGCGGUGGUGAUCGAUAUCCGUAUCCAAAACAAGUGUGGUCUCCAGCUGGUAAGAACUCGACAUUUUUCGGCAAUAUUAUCUGA